CAGAUAACGCACUCACUCGUCUCCUGGUGUUAUCCGAGGAGACGCCACCGAACCCUAGAUCCGCCGCCGCCGAACCGAGCUGAUGCCGCCGCGGCGCAAGAUUUCGCUGCUGUCUCCGGAAGCCGUGCCGCCGCCGGCUCGGCGGCCGCGCCGCAUGAGUCCGCGGCUCUCUCCGGCCGCCGAAGCGCAGACAUCGCAGCUGACGACGCCGGGAGAUCGAAGGGGGCUCUUCUCGUGCUUGCACAGCGGCGAGUGCGACGAGCCCCCUGACUUCUGUCUCAAAUUCGAUCUCAUGGAGACCAUCCCCGACUAUUACGAGGAGGCGAUCGACCGGCUGCCCAUCGAAGACCUGCCAGCGGACGCCGCCGACCAGCUGAUGACAUCCAUGGGCAGAUCCGCCCUCUCCCUCGGCCUCCUCGACCCCGCCUCCAACAUCAUCCUCAACACCAUCGCCCUCCUCCGGCGCGACUUCCCGGAUCCGCCUCUGCACGGCACGAGGAGGUCCAGCAGGCUGGCGCGACCCAGCCGGCACACUACUCUCUCCCGCAGAGACACCUGGGCCAGAGUUGCUGGGGCAUCCUACCUCGCUCUCCGCAGCUUCAUGGUGAGCUACUUCGGAUGCCUUAGUGAAGAACAGGCCACACGCUACCUCCACUGGGCACGCGGUGAUCUCGUCCGGGCCGUCCUGCUGGUCGAGCACGAUCUGUACAAUGCCGAGCUUCCGAUCCCCAACCCGGCCUCCCAAAGGACGCAAGCCGCCCUCAAGUGCGCCGCAAUCUAUGUGUCGCACCCUGCGCCUGAUGUCCUUGUGCGGCUCCAGGCGUCGCCCCUGCCCCAACAGUGGCUUGACGCCGCCGCCCCGUUCCUCAAGCCGCAAGGGCGCAAGCUCACCCUCGAUGAUGUUGAGCUCAUCGUGCGUAUGCUGCGCCACCAGGACGGUGCCCCCCUUGAUCUCCAGGUCAAGUUGCUGCCAGACAGUGGUGAACUCACCGUUUACUAUCGCAACUUCAAUCCAGACGAAGCACAUCUAUCAACCCACAACACUAACUCUGUGAAUCAUGGAGGUAACUUCUCCCUGGUCACCUACAAGGUUGAGCGACAUGGAGACCGCUUGGCAUCCCUAUUCCCCCAGUCCCCCCGGGACAGGAGAUCCAUGAUAUCAUCUUGUUUCGAAGAUGCUGAGAAAGCCUAUCGAAGGGGCAGUCUGGUGGAGAGUUGCUGUGGCGAUGCCUGCGAAUACACCGAGUCUCUCAGGAUGCGGCUUCACAGCACGAUCCACGCCAUCUAUCUAAAAGUGUUCACCAUGCUGCCGCGCUCUAUGCGGCUCAUCCGCGACAUCUUGUUCGCUGGCCACUGCUAUGGCCCCAUGGACCCUGUCUCCAACAUCAUUGUCAACUCCAUUUGGCACAGCAUUGUCUACCCGCUACCCUUGACCGAAAUCGAAGAGUAUCACAUCAUCGACGCCCUAUCUAUGCUUCGCGUGGAGGUCCGUUCCUUGGAAGGCCUCAUCACCCUUGUCCGAGGAAACUUUGAUUCUGGCUGCUCGACGCAGCAGGUGAUGGAGCACCUCUCCUUGAAAUGCUGUGACCUUUCCCAGGAGACGCACACCUUGCAGCAGUUUGCUGCCGCAGCCGCAGCCGCUCGACACCCACAACAUGCUGCACUAGGGUCAUUCCUUGCGUCCCUGACGCCCAAUGUGCUGUAUGACCUACGGCGUUUGUUGACGACUGGCACCAAUGGUGUGAUCUCUCCUGAAUCUCUUGGCCAAAUAGAGCAGUUCCUCCGAUAUAAAGCAGUGACGUUGGAUCCCGAACCUCGCAAGGUGUCCGAAUUGUGCGAGGAGGCUAAGGUGACUCUGCAAAGAAUGAAGUCAUAUUAUGACAGCAUGAGCUUGUACCUUUGCUCUAAGCUUGAACAACUGCUGCAGAAAUAUGCCUCUGAGCAUCCUCUGGAACCAAAAUAUGUGCUAACUGUUAUCUGUGGUAUGGUGGCUGGUUCCGAGUCCUUAGACAGGGAGUGCUACCACGUCAAUUUUGUGGCUGCUUCCAAAUCAAGGACUGCUGGUAACAAACUCUUCUUCGCUGAACUCAAUUGGUCGUGUCCUGGUGAGCAGGCAAAACCAGAUUUCUGCUGCCCUCUACCCCUGAUACAUACUGGCCGUUGCUACUAUGGAAAGGGAACCGCGAGGAAGAUUGUGUAUCCAGAUUCAGUAGACUUUCUUGAGUGUGAUCAUGAUAUUACCGCCGAUGGAACCGAGCACACGGACGGGAUGCUGGACGUGGAUUUAAUGUUCGAUUUUAGGAGUGACGCCCAGUUUGCAGACGAUAUGAUGGAGUACUGUGAGCAUCAAAAAAAGUUGUUGCAGGAGGGCGAUGAGUAUUAACCUUAUUAGGCCUGAUGUAGAAAUACUUACUCCCUCUAAUCCAUAUUAAUUGUCGCCAGACUUAGUACGACUUUUAGGGCGAUGAGUAUUAAUUUCAAGAGCGGGAGGAACUAGUAUUAGGUCUUGAACCUUAUUAAGCCUGAUGUAGAAAUAUUACUCCCUGGGAUUCCAUAUUAAUUGUCACCAGCUUAGUAACAACUUUUGCACUUAAAGUUAUACUAAGUCGGCGAUAAUUAAUAUGGAUCGAAGGGAGUAGUAAAUCAAGCUUGUUAUAAUAUUGUUGUAUUUUGUAUUCCGUCUUGCCUGAACCUUUGUUGUUAUCUGCCACUAUGUAAUCACCCGAGAAAUUUGUUUGGUCAUCAAAGGUUCAGUUUAUUUC